AUGGUUGACAACACAAGCAUAGCGACUAAAUCUGCACUGCAAGCCGCGUUCUCGUCGGCGAGCAGCCUUCCUCUGCUGGUCAGCUCCCCCGGCGCGCACGGUCAGUCGGGCGGCGGUGGCGGGAUGAAGCUGGAGGCGGUCAUGGAGAACCUGCAGCGGCAGCAGGCGGCUCGACUCGCCCUGGAGGAGAAGCUCCGCCAAGCCGAAAAGGAGAAAGACAUCAGGUCUAUGGUAGAGUCACAGAUUCAACAGCAAGCUCUGGCAUUCCGCCACUACCAAGCAGCCGUCAGGGGAGCGUUCGCCGCGGGAGUCCCGAACUCGAGCUCCGGGCACCCGCUUGAGCGCAGAGCCGAGUCCGAUAUCGAUGAUGAAGAUGAUGAGGAUGACGACCCGGAGCUGGACCGCGGCAUGGACGAUGAAGAGCGCGACAUGGACGAAGAUGACAGUAUGAACGAGGGUGGAGGGGAUGAAGACUUGGAAGGACCCCUUGCUCAUUACCCACCUCGCCACGCUGUUUAUCCAGGUGCCGGUCAGAGUCCAAAAAGUACCCCGAUACAUCUGUCCAGAGUCCAACCUCCGUAUCCAGCUCCCAGACAGGCGGAAUCGCCGAGUGCUUUGGCUCCACAAGCGCAGUCGCAGCACCACGAAUGGACUUAUGAGGAACAGUUCAAACAGCUGUACGAACUAGACGAUGAUGAGAAGAGGAAGGAGUUUCUUGACGAUCUCUUCAGUUUCAUGCAGAAAAGAGGGACUCCAGUGAAUCGGAUUCCUAUCAUGGCCAAGCAGGUGUUGGAUCUCUACACUCUCUACAAGCUUGUCACAGAAAAAGGCGGCUUAGUGGAAGUCAUCAAUAAGAAAAUAUGGCGCGAGAUUACCAAAGGCCUGAACCUCCCUACCUCCAUCACCAGUGCGGCUUUCACUCUCCGAACGCAGUAUAUGAAGUACCUCUACCCUUACGAAUGUGAAAAGCGUGGGCUGAGCUCUCCCGGGGAGCUGCAGGCAGCUAUCGACAGCAACCGUCGUGAAGGGCGGAGACAGAGUUAUGGCUCCACCCUCUUCAAUUACUCCCCCGUGGGCACCCCGACACUGCUGGCAUCCCCAAAACUCCAGAUGCCCCAUAUCAGCAUGCCCACCCCUAAUGGCGGACACAUGACCCAGACCCCUGGCAUCAAGAAAGAGGACUCUAUGCUGUCCAGCUGCCUGACGAACAGGGUGGGCAUCCCCAUGUCUCUGGCUGGGCAUCACAGUGCGGCUCAGGCGGCAGCAGCAGCAGCGGUCCAGGCGGCUGCUCUGGAACAGCUGCGGGAGAAGCUGGAGUCUGGAGAACCACCAGAGAAGAAGGUGAUGCUCAUGGCGGAGGAGCAGCAGAGGAUCAUGCAGCACGCACUGCAGCAGAACCUCUUCGCCAUGGCCACACAGCUGCCCAUGAACAUUAAGCUCAACAACAGAGAUGAUAGACAAGAGACUGCAUUGAACCUGUCUACCAACGGCAUUAGCAGCAUCAACAUGUCAAUAGAAAUAAAUGGGGUUGUCUACACAGGGGUUUUGUUUGCCCGUAAGCCAGCCAUUGGCUUCAUGCCCAGCAGCCAGCGAGUCCAUCACCAACACAGCUCUCAGGGAAAGAGCAACAGCCCGGGGCUCAGCAGCCACAUUCAGCCGUCCUCCUCUGCCUCCUCCAGCGCAUCCUCACACGGACCAGCCACCUCCCCAUGA